GAGAGGGCGCUGUGGGGUGCCCUCGCCAUCCUGUCGCUGCUGAGCGGCGUGGCCACGGGAACCCCGCACACCUGGCACCGCAACACGACCCUGGGGGCUGCACCCACUGCGGGCGGCGUGGGCACCGCCAGCCCCGGAGCAGAGGACAGCCUGGAGGCACCGCUCGCCGCAGCCUGGAGCCACCUCUCCGGGGACAACGUGACGGCAGCGGGGCCCGAGGAGGGGGAGCUGGCCAAGGACCUGCUGCUCCGGGCUGAGCGCUCGCCCCUGGGCCCCGCCAAAGGCAAGAAACCAGGCCGGCGCAGGGACGGCCCCAACUGUACCGUCCGCAGGCUGAUGGUGAAGGUGCGCGACCUGGGGCUGGGCUUCGACUCGGACGAGAUCGUGCCCUUCAAGUACUGCAGCGGGUCCUGCCACCGCAGCCGCAGCAACUACGACCUGACGCUGGCCACCCUGCUGCAGGAGAAGGCCAUCAAGCCGGGCCCGCCGGGCCACGUGGCCAGCCACCCCUGCUGCCGGCCCACCCGCUACGAAGCCGUCUCCUUCAUGAACGUGCAGAACACCUGGCAGACGGUGGAGAAGCUCUCUGCGGCUGAGUGCAAGUGCAUCGGCUGACUGGGCUGCAGGCUCGGUGCCCACUCUAAGCUCACGGCGCUGCCCAGACUCGGGGCCCCAUGGCACAUGGAGAGCGGUGGGGAUAUGCGAAGGCUGCCGCGGUGCCAAACCUGCCAGAGGAGCGGCUCAGUGGGGAGCCGAGAG